AUGGAGAGGUCACGCAUGGCAUGGGCGUGGAUUGCCCCGCCAGCAGCCCGCCAGCGAUUAGCCGGGCCUUCUUCGGACGUCCGCCCGGCCUGUAGAGUCAACACCGAGCCAGCGAUCGUCGAGCCCUUGUAUUCUGUGUGGGCGACGCGUUGGCGACUGGGCCGGGAGACAUCGGCAGACCAUCCCCACGGAGACGGCAUGCCCACACCUUCUGACCGCCACUCUGCCCAUGCUGGGCCUCCGCCUCCGCCUCCGCCUCCGCCUCCGACUCUCGUUGCUUUUGCCCACAACCGUGCCCCUAAACACCUCGAAUCACAACAACUCCAUGCUCCCACCCUUCUACACCACCGGUGUGACUUGCCAGCACACACAAAAUGCCCAUGUCUGCUUGCUGCCACUCGCCAUGGCCUCGACUCCACCCCUUCACCUCUCCCGUACCAGCCCAGAGGUUCGGCCGUCGACAAGCCCACCCCACGGUGCCACUGCCCUGCCUGUCCAGCCGCUCUUGCCUUACCACCCUGUCGGAUAAACUUUGUCCACGCGCAGCGCAUCAUCGCCUCCUUCCAAAUACUUACUCUCCCCAUCCCAAGUAGCUAG